AUGUCUCAAGGGUCGCCAUUUAAGCUGGAAAGAAUAGAAAAGCAUCUAGCCCGUCAGCGAGGAGCCGGUGUGCGUAACCUCGCAACCAGCUUUGGCUUCUCGUUCGGACUUCAACCAGAGCAGCAAAAUAACGAGGAACCACCAGCCAAACGAAGAAAGUCCACGCCUGCAAAUGAUACAGAGGCCAUUAACAAGCCCACAGUCCAGUCGCAGCAAGAUUCUGAGCCUAGCGAGAACAGAGCGACCCGGCGAACAGCGACUAGACGGAAGCAGCCACGACGGCUGGAGGUGCUCUCAGACGAUGAACGGUCACAACCCUCCCUCACGAGAAGCUCAGCGGAGCAAGAUGACAAUUUCUUAGCAGCCAAGCAGUCACUGGGGAAGCGAGGUCGUCCAAAGAAGACACCACCAACCGCUCAACAUGACGAUGUACAGGUUGAGCCAACAAUAGAAGUGGAGCAGGAGCAGGCGAUAACAUUGAAGAAGAGAGGGAGGCCGAAGAAGGCUGCUACUACGCAUGAAGCAUCCGACAUAGGCGUUCCCCUGGCACCGGAGCAUAUCGAAGUACAGCCAUCGAAGCCUGCCAAUAAAAGAGCCCGACCUUCGAGAAGACUGGUCAUUGAAGAUCCAGAGGCGACAUCGGAUUCUGGAGUGACCGUGCCCUUGUCAACCGAGUCAGCAAAAAUCACAACUCCAUUGGAGGGACACAGAGAUGUGGUGCCAGAUAUGAGAGCAGCAGAGACGCUCGUUGCCGUGAAGCAGGUCAAGCCGCCGCCUAAGAAGCGUGGCAGACCACGGAAAGCACAGGCAGCUGUUUUAGAGUCUCCUGCAGAGGUCGAAACGAGUGUAGAACUCGAGGCGAGUGUCGCCAGGGCACGAGAGCUACCGAAACUCAAGAAAGUAUGCCAGGGGCAUCACGAGCCAGAGCAAGCGGCUUCGGAACCAACUCGAAGGCCUCGCAGACAGGCAGCUACCGCAGCUAUGAGCAAGGUAUCCGAGGGCUUCAUUGAGGAAGAAGCUCCUAUCGACAAGAAGCGGAGGGAUCCCGGCUUGGAGACAGUCUCUAAGCGAGGUCGAAACAAAGUCACGGCAUCUGCAGUUUCGCUUGAUUGUUCGAAGUCGGUCAGGGGAAGUGGCAGCGCCACGCUCGCGAGGAUCGAAGGCAGUGGGAAUGGACCAUCAGUCAAGACAGUUCACGCUCCAGGCCACAGUUUAGACGAAGACCCCCAACGAGUGGUACCUUCAGAGAAGGCAGAAAAGAAACCCACCCGGCGGAUUAAGUCUCGCUCAAAGGUCCUCCCGGAUCCUGCGAGCAAAGAAACGGAGAUGUUGCCGGUCAAUAUUCCCGAGCAGAGAUCUCGCGUCAAACAGCGUGUGCCAUUGUCCGAAAUGCAUACCAAUAUGGCCACGCCGACCCCGUCACCUGAAAAGCAGAUCAAAGGCACCAAGGUCGCGCGUGAAAACCAGCGAAUAAGCCCUGCAGAUGUUGACCGCGCUGCAAAGGCAUCGAUUCUGGCUGGACAUAUACGACGCGCUCCAGCGGCUGCCAAAGCGCCAAGUGUGAACAACGCACAGAUUACGAAGCAAACCGAACCGAGAGUAGAGGAUGGACAUCAGGAUACGCAGCCUACUUCGCGAAAUCCGGACUGCUACCCCGAAUCUUUCGCCUUAGGCUUCGCAAGACCAACAGAGCAUACUACAUUGAAACCAGAUGCCGCGACAGUCAAGUCCUCGCGACGCGUGACAAAGAAACCUGCAGCGGCUGUGCAUGCAAAGAAGGCAAUUGAGCAGGCCACAGAUGUGCCAAACAAACGUCGAAGAGCAAUCAGACAAGAUGAGCCCGCGAUGGAAGUUGUGACAUCUGCGGGUAACAUUGUGAAGCCCCCUGGGCCUCGCAAACCAACCGCCGAGAACGAGGAAGGCCGGAAGGUCGACUGGCUGUUCGAGAAAGCAACGACAAGGCGGCCGCCGACGGCGAACAGGAAGAACACUUCAUCAAAGCGUCGCGCAGACAGGGAGGAAGACUCCGACGCGGCCAUGGAUCUGGAUGAUCUUCUCUCAAAGAUCGCCGCAUUCGUACCGAAGAGUAUGAGGAGUUAA